CAUUGAAACCUCGAUCGGUUUUGUUGUAAUUAUUAUUAUUGUUAUUGAUUUUACUAACAAUAAUAGUAAUCCUAAAGAGUUUUCACCAAUAUUGUUUUUAAUACAAUUUAAAUUUCAUUUAUUUUGUAUUAAAAACUAAAUUAAUUGCUAAUUAAAAUGUCGUACGUAUUGGUAUCUACUGAGGACUUUCAUCGGGGGCCAACACGACUGUCCAGCGUCGACCCCUAUCUCCAUGAAAAACUGCCCCUCACUAUCAUCAAGGAUACCAUAUUCUACCAGGGUGAGUCCCAAUACGACCCUCACGGCCGGUAUUGGAAAUUCCGUGUAGAGGACGCGCCGGUACGGGUGCUCAACAAACUGAUGGACAUCGGGUAUCGGGUGAAAACCGGGAGUUGUCUUUCCAGUGGCCGUAACUAUGACAACCACUCGGGACACGCGUGGACUCUAUACAAACGGGAUGUCAAGGAGUUGGGCAACAGUUUUUAAGGGGUAUACCCUCUAAACCCUUGGCCCCAACCCCUUACCGAUACCUUUGUCUGUUAAACACUG